AUGGACGACACCGAUACCAAAGCCAUUGUUUCAGAAUUGCAGCGAGCACAACGAUCCAGCAGUGCGAGUCGACAACCCCAGAGGAGGAAUGACCGGCUACUCGAUGGCAUGCUUUCUUCUCCAGCACGUAAACUCGCCGCCAUGUCUCGAUCAGAAUUGCUGGAACAGCGUGAACGCAACGAGAGAAUGUUGCAGAAUACGAGCAUUGUCAACACAUUACCGGAUAAGGGUGCCAAACUAAAGAACAGCAUUGCACAAAUUGAUGCAUUAUUACAGCAACAAGAGAACAAUACAGCAGCAGCAGCAGCAGCUUCUUCAGCAUCCAAUACGACUCAACCCAAUAUACGUCAAAUGUCAUUAGAAGAGAAUGGAUCCAACAGUCGAUCGUUGUUGGCUGAAAAGGAUGCAGAUGGGAUGGCGCAUUCCAAAACACGUAUGAUGCCCAUGGAUGAAUCAAUGCAAUUACAAAAUGAGCAACUACAAGCUAUCAAGGAUGAAAAACUAAGACGACAAAUGGCUUCCUUACGACCUCCACAACCCAAGUUUACAGAAUCAUUGGCAGAUGACUUGAGUCUUUCGAUGGAGCGCAUGAAAUUGAAUCCUGAAACAGGGUCUCAUCGACCACCGGAUGAUGAUCGUGACGAAUACGAGUCGGAUAGCGAGGAUGAAGAUUCUAUAGACCAAGCCAUCUAUGACAGCUUAUACGAGGAUGAUGAAGGCUUUGACGAGGAAUACGAUGAUCGUCGUUAA